CGAUGGAAGCGGUGGGAAUGUGGACUGGCCCUCGCCUCGUGCCGAACAAUCGCCCCGGUUUUUCGACCCCGAAAGUCCCGGGGGUGGAAUAAAUUGCAGUACCGACCUGUAAUGUGCAGCCUAUUAUGCUUGGCAGUCGAUCCAAGGGAAACAGAGUACCAGAGGGAGAACCGGGACCAUGGUGAGGGAUGCAUACGGAAAUCGAUCGUAUUGUCAUCCCGUUUGAUGAAUAGUGGUAGAAUACCUGCUAAAGUUAACGAGUUCCAAGAGUUGCGUUGCAAAAGCCGGCCCGUGGGCAAGCGGAUACCCCUCAUCCCGCAAAAUGAGCUGGGCUGGCAGCAACAACAACAACAACAAUAA